AUGGCCGACGAUGAUUCUAGCGAGCUUUCUUCUGUUUCUUCAUUAUCUUCUGCUCCCUCUGAAGAUGAUAGCGAUAUCGAGGUAAAGCGAGAAAAGGGCAUACUAAAGUUCUUUCAUAAGCUUCCCCCGGGUACUAAGCCUGCAGAGCCUAAGAAAGAGGCAACUCCUCCGCCACGCAAGAGAUCACCUUCGCCAGCUCAUGAAUACGUUUUAGCUGAUAAUCCAGAUAUUGCAUUCAUUGUCAUGUUCCGUUCCCGUUUUAACGAAUCCCUUCCUAAAUCACUAGCCAACUUUGGUCCUCAAGAACUUGAGCGUGACGUAUCCGAACCUGUUCCUGGCGAACGUGUCGAACAUUUUCUCUGUGCUAUUCUUAGCCUUUUGUUAAACCGCAAGCAAGAUGUCAAGCCUGGACACUAUAACCGAGCGCUAGAAGAUGCUAUUAGUUCACACAAGAACCAGUGGGCGCGAGAUUGGAAAGAUGAGAAUCCUCUAGCUGGUAGUAGGACCUUUGCUUCUAUGGAUCCUACCGAAAGAUUAACACUGCUACGAACUCUGGUAGUUUGGACCUUAUCAUCUUCGGAAGUCAUCAAGGGUAUUAUCAAUAAAUCCUACAAGGGAAAUCGACACGAAGACGACCUUAACCAACCUCUAUCCGUGCAGCCUUGGGGAUCCGACAGUGACAAGCGCCGUUAUUAUUUGAUCGAGGGUCUAGAUGAUACCCAUUUUCGAGUCUAUCGCGAGAGCAAUCCACAGGGUUUUAACAGAACAUGGUGGAGUGUAGCAGGUAGUAUAGACGAACUCAAAGUUCUUGCGGAGAAGCUGCAGAAAUCCGAUGGCGGCCCGAAGGCCAAGAAAUUGGCACAUAAGAUGCUAGCUGCUGUCCCCCGCUUUGAAGCCACUGAAGAAAAGCGCAAGCGCCGUGAGUACCGCCUCAUGCGCAAGGAGCAAUUCAAGCGCCCAGAGAACAAUUACUCCAUGUACGAAGGCCGAACUAGAGGCAAACGAAUAAAGUAUACAUAUUCUGACGAAGAGGAUUUCCUAACUGAUUCCUCUGUACGACGAUCUUCGCGAAAUACCCGCAACCCUACACCGGCAGAGCCUGCUGGUCCCGUUACUACUGCCAGUGGUCGCCAAAUCAAAGCCCCUUCGCGCAUGACAGUAGACGCUUCAAACAAUAUCAUCACAACCAGCCCAACAAGCCAAGGCCACAAUGAGGCCACUGCGUCAAAGGAGUCGUCAGUCGGCCCUACUGGUCGGCCCAAAAGAUCAGCUGCGGUCAAUCAUGGCACAAACGGUUGGGCUCCAUCAUCUAAGAAGCCAAAGGAAUAUAAUUCCGACGAUGAUAUGGAGGAUUACGAUGACGAGGAGGAUACUGAACCAGAACUAGGCGACGAUGAGCAAGAUCAUGUCCCCGAUGACGACAGCGAGGAUGAAGAUGAUUUCAACGAAGACGAAGAUAUGGUCGAUGAUGACUUAAGUGAUCCUAAUGGAAAGGACAGUAUGAUGGUCAAGCUCAAGCUUCCAUCGAAGACGUCCGGCUCUACCGGGUCAGCACUCAACUUAGAUGAAUACCGAUACAAUGGGAAGAAGGAAACUCCCAAGGCUUUCACAUCAGCAGUGGAGAAUGGCGCAGCCCAGAAAGACUCCACACCGGAGGAGAAGAGCGAGGAGGUCAUAUCAGUGGCAACGACGAAAAAGCAGGCCACCCCGGAUCCGGAGCCCUCUACUACGGCGAAGAACGAGCAGCGCCAACGUCCUCCUUCAACACCCGCACUAAAUUCGCUUCAGUCGACCUCGUUGGCUUUUAGGGAAAGCCCGGAUAAGGUCCAGCAAGCUCUACCUAAGCAUGUCGACGUCGGUGCCGGGGAGUAA